AUCAACUGAUCUUCGUCUCAGCUUGACAUCCUCAUCUGGCCGCGACCCACCACCGUAUCGUUAUGAGAUGGGAUAACGAAUGACAUACAAAAUCCCCACAUGCGUUUCCCCCCUUUUUCGCCGUCCAGACGGUGAGCCACGGUCAGCUUCCCCUGACUCGGCAGCUUGGAGCUUAACCAAAAUGACUUCAGGCAAUUAAUUCAGGAGUUCUCCCUGCCAGAUCCAAACCGUGCUUGAGUCUCACCCCUCGAGGGCAAGGCGUCUACUCCGCAUGCACGGAAGCAUCGUCGGAGGUGAAAAUUGGACGUACAGGUCAUCUGUCUAUCUCACCGCGCAGGAAUGGACGGUUGUAACGGCCCCCCCCCAUCGAGGAACGUAAUGGGCACGUUACCCUUAGCCUCGUGGAAAAGAGUAGUUGCAGAAAAGGAACUAGAAAACACGGCAUUUCUGUCCCUGUCGCGCAUCGAGGAUCGAGCCGUCUUCAAUUAAACCAUGGCUCUCAAUCCUACGAAUGCCGGCCACACUUUGCCGUCAACAACCUGUCUCCCGGCCAUCUGGACGCAUUUUCCCAAAACCCUCGAUCGUAUCAUUUCAUCCGACCUCGGAGGACAUGCCUUCGUGCAAAUUGUCAAUGGCAAACUGGCGCCCAUGAUUGAUUUUGAUCUUAAAGAUGGUCGCAGCCGCUUCUCUUCCAAUUAUUAUCUCUGGACCACCUGAAGAAGCCAUGGAAAUGGCCAAAUGUUUUCAAGACGGCUUCUGAGCAGAUGCACUUGAGGUUGAUUUUCAUAUCAGUUUCGUAAAGGUGUU